GAGAAUCGUUCGAAGAGAACUCUAACAUUCCUCGAUAUACGCACAACAAACCCCAGCGAACAGAUUUCCCAUUAACCUAAUCGAUUUCGCAAAAAAAAGUGAUCGAAUAUAUGCCUGUGAUUUUUACAAGUCCAAAGUGGCUUCUUCCUUUAAAAUCGCGGAAGUUACGUCGAAACCAAUUCGAGCAAUAAUCCUCGUACCUGAAGCGCGAGAGUCCUCCCUCUUCCGUCCCCUCUGGAACAAUACCGCACGAUCGUUGGAUCAAGGAGUCGAAUGGCGAGCAAAAACCCGCCAGAAUCGAAAGCGCCAGUCUUGGCGCGCUCGGGGGUCGUACUUGGAGUCGUCUCCCCACCAGUUGGGAGGAAGAGCUUGCGCCAGUUGGGCUCGAGUCGCACGGAGAGACGCGCGUCGCGACGCUCUCGGUGCCAGGUGACCCUGCUCGCGGUGGCGCGCGACCACCCGCUGCCAGUUUCGUUCAACCGUUCCAAGAAGAGUCAUCUCUACCCCCGUCAUGGACUAUCGCUGGCUCGCGACGCGCUGCUAUCACGUUUGACAAUCGAUACGACGCUACCCCGUCGAGUGUCGAGCGUAGAUCGGUUCGCUGAGUGCUAUUAGUGAUUGGAUUGGGGUGGAAAUUAAAAAAAAAAAAAAAAAAAAAAGGAAAAAGAAAGGCGAAGGUUGCGUGGAUAGUGAAAGAAUUCUGUACUUUGAAAAUUAAAGGUUGAAGACACCUCGUGGGAUAUUUGGUGAUGUCCAAAGGACCAGAGUAUCCUUCAGAAGACGCUGUUAAUCGCCAGGGAGCGACUUCUUUCAAGAUUCGAAGAUCCUCUAUUUAAAAUUAAGGGAAAAUUCUUGAUCUCGAUCGUCUCCAUCGGUCAGUGCUUCAAACUUGAGGACGUAGAAGAAACCCAGUGCUUCGUAUCUCAACCACGUGCUUCGUCUUCGAAGACGAGAUGCCCCUCGUCCUUCGACCCCGCGAGGACACCAUGGUGCCAUCGUGAAUCCGUCGCGUUUUACCCAGUAUCAAAAUUUGUGAUAUGACUCGAUCCCUCGUGGCCAGGAUUUUACCGCGAUGGUACGAUUCGUUUGGGAUCGGCUGGGAUAGAAUACAUUUCGAGUCGUUCGGCGAUAUUCUGACGAGGUCGCUCGGGUAACAACUUGGGGGAACUAUCGACUGUGGGCUGUAUCGAGGCUCGAGGACGUCGUUAGAGGAUCUGUGCCCGCGGAGUGUGAAAACGGAGUUCGCGUGGUGAUAGAAAACAGUUAUCGAACCAGCGACGAUGAGAUCGGCUGGGUCGACGCGUGGCUAAGCAACGGUGAUUGUCUUUGGACGACGAUUGGUCUUAAUUAAUCUCUCCGCAAACUCUCGCGGCGCUGGUUUUCCUCUGGAACGACUUCGACGCGCGCUACGGUCGUAAUCGAAAAUUAUGAGGUGGCUGUGGAUUAUCGUCCUGAUAGCUCUGGCGCUGCCGGCGGCCGUGCCACGGAAGACGCAUCGCAGUAAACCCACGCCGAGGCUCUACGGCGAGAGGGUGCCCGUCAAGUUAAUCAGGACUAGCAACAGCAAGGUCAGGCAGAAGAUCGUCGAUACUCACAACCACUUUCGCACCCAGGUCAAACCUUCCGCCGCUAACAUGCUCGUAAUGAAGUGGCAUCCAGGCUUGGCUAAAUCGGCGCAGAGGUGGGCUAAUCAGUGUCUGGGAUUGGUCCAUGACAAUGCAACUGGCCUAUACUUGGACGGUUUCGGCCAGAGCGGACAAAACAUUUUCAUAACAACGGGACGAACCCUUUGGAACUUCCCCAUCAGGAUGUGGUACAUGGAGUACAAAGACUACAAGUACGGGGACGACGAGACAAACGACCUGCACGAGAUCGGCCAUUACACCCAGAUAGCGUGGGCGACGACGCACCUGGUUGGUUGCGGGGUUAGCCACUGCACAGGCGGCAGGGGUCCGUUGGGCAAGGAUUUCUUCAUGUACGUGUGCAACUACGCCCCAAGCGGCAAUUACAAGGGUCACCUGGGCCAUCCCUACGUGCCUGGGCAGCCUUGCAGCAUGUGCAAGGACCAUUGCACGCGCAAGAAGCUCUGCACGAACGCCUGUUACUACACCGAUCUCUGGUCGAACUGCGCCGAGCUGGUGAGGACGUUUCGGGCCUGGGUCUGCGAGACGAACACCAAGGAGGGUAGAGAACGACGGAAGUUCUGCGGCGCCACUUGCAACUGCAAGGACAAGAUCUAUUAUCAUCACGGGUAGUGAACGAUCCCCGACGUUGAGGGUCGUUUAGUUUCAUCGGCCGAUCGAUCGACGCGGGAUCCACUGCUCGCGAGUCGGCGUGACCGAGUCUGAGAGGUACGGAGAUCGUUUCCAAAGAUCGAGGCCAUGGCGGCCUCUGGGUACCCUACGAUCGCCGGCCAUCGUAUCCUGACUCGAUGACAAUGGGUGAGCCGUUCGCCAUGAGAGUGGUACUUGCCGAGGUUUUCUUUUCUCUUUUUUAAAUGGAGAUUUCGCAGGGGUCGUUUGGAGAAUAUGUUUCGUUUUUAUUCGAGCAAAGAGUGGAGGGUGGAUAGGAUUUAUUGUACGAGUUCUUUUAUUUAUUGUAUUUAUUUAUGAAUUU